AAAAUAUAAACCUGUUCUACGCUCUGUGCUUAGCAGCAUAACUAAUGCAAACAAAUGGAUACUGUCGUAUCAUUAGGCAGUAGCCUGUCUUUUGUUUAAUAUCCGUAUCUCGUAUUUUAAGACCUCUCAAUUUGUGAUCGCUGGAAAAGUUCCAGUCCUAUGUUUUGGAUUUGAGUGGUUACCGGGACAAACCCUGUUGUACCUUGAGGGCAAAAUUCAUGUUUGUCUAGUAUGUGGGUGUAUUGUGGUUUUCUAAAAAGCCUUGCAGCACGUUUAUUAUUCUGUUACUCAUGUUUGUCGUGAAGAGCUCAGCAGCGAAGGUUUUGGAUUUCAUCGGCUGGCGGAGGCGGAGCGUGUGCGCAGGCUUCAGACGGCAGGAUUAUAACAAAAUACAGCUGAGCCGCAGCUCGGUGAACUUGAGGCAUUCUUGUGUUUUUAUCAUUUGAUGCGCGCACCACCUCUGACAGGCUUUUACCUCCGCUGUCAGCACUGUGAAAAAGAUGCACCUCGAUAUGAUUCUCCUUCACAUUCUUGCUGUGCUCUUCCUGCCAGGAGCAUGGGGUCAGAGCACCAGCAGCAGGCUUGGUGUGGUGGUGGAGGCUAAGAACAUCACGCUCCCUGAGGGGUCUAAGGCCGUUCUGCCCUGCCACAGCCCCCGCAUGGUGUGGACCCGGGACAGACUGAAGGACCGUCAGAGGGUGGUGCAUUGGGACUUGGUCCGCAGCAGCCCAGAGUAUUCUGUAGAGAGAGUCCUGGACAUGUCCCCUGGAGCCCGCCAAAGGGUCUACAAUGGAUUCAACAAAGGACGCAUUUCCAUCCCAGACUCUGCUUUCAAUGAUGGCAACUUCUCCCUCAUAAUCAACAAUGUGGUCACAACUGACAGAGGAGUUUAUACCUGUAAUCUGCACCAUCAUUACUGCCAGAUUCACCAGUCCAUCCAAAUCCAGCUCAAUGUCACUAAGUCAGCUCGGAAAGAGAAACGUUACUGGGAUGGAGAGAAGACUAUAUUUGUGGUCUUGUUGGGCAGCUCAGUGGUCUUGCCUUGUGUGAACCGACGCCCACUGUGGAGAGAGGGUCUCCAGGAGGACCAGCAGCAGGUGGCUCACUGGGACUUUCAGCCCCCUGGAGUGCGACCUGAUAGGGCUGACCGCCUGGUGGACCUCUAUGCUUCUGGAGAGCGCCGGGACUAUGGAGCACUCUUUGCCCAGAGCAAGAUGAGUGUGGCCGAAGAUGCUUUUACAUUUGGAGACUUCUCACUGACCAUCUCUGACUUGAAGCCUGUUGAUAAAGGACUGUACUCCUGCCAUCUGCACCACCACUACUGUGGUCUGCAUGAGAGACGCAUUUUCAGGCUCACUGUGGGACCUCCACUUCCUCUCGCCCCAACGACAGCACCCAGAGUUUUCCAGAAUGAUGAACCAGAACCAAGGCUUGAUGAGGUGGAGAGUCCACGUGUGGUGAAUGUCAUCCUCCCCGAGCACCGAGGUUAUUUCAUGCAGCAUUUGGGCUACUUCCUGGCAACUUUCUUACUGCUGGCGUUCAUCGUUGUCGCUGUCAUUGUGCUGACACGACGACGCAAAAAAAGAGGGCUGGAGUAUGAGCUGCGUAGAUCUGAACGAGGAAACAUGAUCAGUGGAGGUGAAAUGUCAUUAGACUGUACAGAGCUGAAGAUGUGCAACCAAGAACCUCUGAAUUCAGACUACAAAAACAACCUACUGAAAGAGAGAGAUACCAAAGACUGCAAUAAGGACUUUGAUGGGAAGCAGUGGAAGUGAGUGCAAUAUUUCUGAGAUGCUGCUGGCAGGUCCAGAGCAAACACCGGAAGGGUAAAGAACCAUGGAGAAAAGGAGAAAAAAAAAAGAAAGAAAGAAACCCAGGAGAGGACAGGAGGAAUGCUCCCUCUGCUGUAAUUCUAGCACACUAAGCUUUUUCACUAAAAGGCAUCAUCAUUUUUUAUGUCUAUUUUUUUUUUUGUAUAACUUGCAUUUUCACCAGCUGUUGUAACAAUAAGGUUAAACAUUUAUUUGAUUCUUACUCUUUGCAUCCAUUGGUCAGUUUAUGUUGAAUAUAAGACAUUUUUAUCAUCCUUUAUUAAAACUUUUAUUUUUUAUUAAAAUGCAUGCUGUUUAUUAAAGUAUGUUUAGAGUGUACUUUGCAUGCUCACAGAGCAAAGCUCACAGCUCUUCCUAAUUGUUGAAAUUUGAUAACAUACUUUUUUUUUUUGCACAAAUUCUGCUGUAGGCUACUUAAUUUUUUUGAAAAGUAUUUCACCAGGUUUCAAAGGGUAAUUUACUGUAUGUAGAUAGUGUUUGGAAACAAGUGGAACACAUUUCCAGCUGUGGAUAGUAUGGCUUUUAUUUUACAAAAUUCGACUGCGGUAACAAAGUGACUAAAUUUUUACUUUUCUUCUGGAUUUUAUAUAUUUUAGAAAUACAGUAUGUGAGACUUAAAUUCUUCCCCCAAGUGGAUAUGUAAUCUCUUAGAAUCUGUUUAUUGAUAACUUAUCGGGUGAAAUAUAGUGAAAUUUUAGGACCACAGACUAAAGGCUCAGUCUACCGAAACUCAGGAAAAAAAAAAAUCUUUUAACCAUGCACACACUGAAUUUUCAUUAGUAAAACUGCUGGUUAAAUAUACAGGUUGUUAGAAAUCUUCACAGCUCUGUGAGGUUUACUGCAGGAAGAUGUAUGCUAAAUCACAAACUGUAGUCCUAACCUAGUUUUUUUUUCUCUCUCUCUGUCUUGCUCACUUGCACACACUCUAAUGUUGGUCUCCUCUAAUAAAGUAGUUCUUUUAUUAAGUAUUCACAA